UAGGAUUUGUGGAUCUGCUGGAUGGCCUUGCCAUUACAAAGAAAAAAAAAAGAGUAAGAGUGAGACGUUGCAGAGCUCUUCUCAUCUCUGCAUACUGUGUUAGAAUCACUGAUGAGAGGGUCCCAACAACAGUGGACUCCAAAACACUCAUGCUUUUGCCUCUCUCUCCUCUUCACCCUCUAAGUUAAACUCAUUGCUCUCCUUUGGAUCGUGCUUUUUAUGCUGCAGGCAUCUCUGGACGAUUGAAAGAAGUCUCUGCAAGGAGGAUUAAAACUUUGAAAACAAGUGAUGCUGGUUUCCUCCCUCAUCGUCUGAUGUUUAUGAGUUUUUUUAAUAGUUCUUUUUUGUUUUUCAUCUGGAAUAAUGUCUUUGUGCUGGAAGAGAAGCUUCUGGUUGCCAGUGGCGUUCGGGACUGUGCUGUUUAUUCUUACUGCUGGUAACGCUGGACCGAAUCAGGACAGGAGGCAGCCUCAGUCAUCCUCAUGCUUUGGAGGCUUUGAUCUCUACUUUGUUUUGGAUAAAUCUGGGAGCGUGCAGAAUCACUGGACUGAAAUCUAUCACUUUGUUGAACAUCUAGCCCAGAAAUUCAUAAGCCCACAGUUGCGGAUGUCCUUCAUUGUGUUCUCCACUGAGGGACGGAUCUUAAUGAGGCUCACAGAAGACAGGGAACGGAUUCGGAAAGGUCUGGAGGAGCUUGAGUUGGUUCGACCAGGAGGAGACACUUUCAUGCAUCUGGGCCUCAUGAGGGCCAGUGAGCAAAUAUACCACGGAAACACAGAAGGUUAUCGCACUGCCAGUGUUAUCAUAGCUCUGACUGACGGAGAGUUACACGAAGAUCUUUUCUUCUACGCUGAGAGGGAGAUCCUGAGGAAGUCCUGCAUCGAGAUCCUGGCAGCAGAACCAUCCAGUAUCUGUGCAGGAGAGUCCUUCCAGGUGGUGGUGAGAGGAAGAGGAUUCCUUCAUGCCCGAAACGUUGACAAAGUGCUGUGCAGCUUUCGAAUCAACGACACCUUGACUAAGAUGGUGAAGCCCUUGGUUGUAGAAGAUACAUAUCUUCUCUGCCCUGCGCCAGUGCUUGAAGAGGAGGGGAUGGCAGCAAAUCUUUAUGUCAGCAUGAAUGAAGGUCUCAGUUUCAUCUCCAGUUCGGUCACAAUUACCACUGUGAGCUGUUCUGAUGGGACCAUCCUGGCCAUAGCUCUGCUCAUCCUGAUGCUGCUCCUGGUCUUGGCUCUCCUCUGGUGGUUCUGGCCUCUGUGCUGCACUGUGAUCAUCCAUGAACCACCACCGCCAGUUGUGGAGGAUAGUUCGGAUGAUGAAGACUUUGAAGCCCCCAAAAAGAAAUGGCCAACUGUAGAUGCCUCCUACUAUGGAGGAAGAGGAGUAGGAGGAAUCAAAAGGAUGGAGGUUCGCUGGGGUGAAAAAGGUUCCACUGAAGAAGGAGCAAAGCUGGAAAAGGCCAAAAAUGCCAAAGUGAAGAUGCCUGAGCAGGAGUAUGUGCCACCACCCACUCGGGUUCUUAACAAUGGCAUGCAGAAACCUCCAGCGCCACGAAACUGGUAUUCACCCAUCAAGAGCAAACUGGAUGCACUGUGGGUGCUUUUAAGAAAAGGCUAUGACCGUGUGUCUGUGAUGAGACCUCAUCCAGGUGACAAGGGCAGAUGCAUGAACUUCACCCGUGUAAAAUCCCCUCCGCGCUACCCACAAUUCAACAAUCACCCAUCUCCAAUCUACAAUCCUCCCAGCAAGAAUCCACCUCCACCACAAGGCACCCUCCCACCGACUCCCAGCACUCCUCUGGAAUUUUCCUUCUCCUCACUGCCUCCAACAGCUCCACCCAUUUCAACCCCUCCCCCUUACACACCACCUCCCAACCGGGCUCUUCCUCCAACCACCUUGCACAUACCUGACCCACCAGCGCUCCCACCCACCCCUCCGCCCUGUGCUAUCCCAUCUGGCUCCCUGCCACCUCCUCCUCAGGUACCCCCUCCUGGACGAGCCCCUCCGCCCGCACGCCCACCACCUCGCCCUGGUCUGUAGAACUCUGGGAGACGGGAGAAUGUCACACAAGACUGAAAAAGGCAAUCCAGAGUCCCACCAGCACACAGCCAUCUCUGAUUGUAACUGCGAGUGAGGUACAACGAGGUGCCACUCUCAGCAGCCUGUAGCCUUUCAGACUUGUGACGAGGAGCAGAGAGGACUUGUUUCCAGCUAUUUGUCUACACUGACUUUUGUACACAUCUAGCUCAACAGUGCAAUUGCUUGGAUGCUUGAAAUACAUAGACAUUCCCUAUAAAUGAGAUCACGCAGGCCGGCUCAAAACAUUGACUGAAGACUGACAGAGCAGAGGAGCAGCAGCUUGUACUAACAGCUUUAUACAAAGUCCUUCAAGAAGGAGUACAGCUGUCUUCCAAAUGGCCAUGUCACUAAAAUACCUGCCACUGUAAAAAUUCCUGUUUCAUGAAAAGACAAAGACAAAAAAGACUCAUACAGCAAAUUAAGGAUGAUGCAGAGGCAUCUGAGAAACAAUCUUUUUUUUUUUUAAGAGUUCUUGAAUGUUUGCAUGCAACAGUGCUUGAGUCAUCAUUUGUACUUGUUUUUAUACAUAUGUAAAUACUUUUAUUUUUUACUUUGUACUUUUAUUGUGUAGACCACACUCUUUUCAUUUUGAGGAUAGAAAGACAAUCAUUGGUGAUGGUGGCACGGACAGCAAGUGUACUGAAACAGCAAUGCAAUGUAUCUGGACUUCCAUUGUUCAACUUCUGGCUCGCAUAUUAUUUUCAUCCAACCUGAUGUGAGCCAAAAACGGGCCUGUGUGCUGUGCUCAUCGGCGUAAAUGAUAAAUUUAGAUUCACUAGACUUAUUGACCAUGUUGACUGUAAUUACAGCUGUAGGUUAGCCUUGCAUAGCAUCAGUCUAUCAAGAAGAGGGUAACUCUGGGAAUCAGGGUAAAGCUUUUCAUAUGGUCUUACCCACGGCUUCAACCAAAAUUUUACAUAAAUAAUAUAGCCAUGUGCAUUCAGAUAUAUGUGUCUGUGUGUGCUGUACACUGAUGUGUCAGUCAACAAUCUUGUUUUUCUUAUCUUUUCUAUUUUUAUUGUUGCAGAAAGUGUUUAAUUCCUCUGAGAAUAAAAUACGACAAAAGACGUUUUGUGGAUGUUAUUAUGAAGGUUUGAUCUCGGCAGGUUUAGCAAUCCCAUCAGUACCGUAUAGUAUACAGACACUGA